AUGCCUACGAGACUGACGAAGACGAGAAAGCACCGCGGCCAUGUGUCUGCCGGUCACGGUCGUGUAGGAAAGCACCGCAAGCACCCAGGUGGUCGUGGUCUCGCUGGUGGUCAGCAUCACCACAGAACCAACAUGGAUAAGUACCAUCCCGGUUACUUCGGAAAAGUUGGUAUGAGACACUUCCAUCUCACCAGAAACCAAUACUGGAAGCCCACGAUCAAUCUCGACAAGCUUUGGGCCCUGCUUCCCGAGGAGACCCGUGAUGAAUACGUCUCUGGCAAGAAGACCGAUACCGCCCCUGUUCUCGACCUCCUCCCUCUCGGCUACUCUAAAGUUCUCGGCAAGGGCCGCAUCCCAGAGAUCCCAAUUGUUGUCCGAGCGAGAUGGUUCAGCAAGGAGGCUGAGCGCAAGAUUAAGGAAGCUGGUGGUGUUGUUGAGUUGGUUGCAUAG